AUGGUGUCCAAUGGUUGCAAAUGCCAUGCUGAAAGGUUUGGCGUUCGAAACAGAAGGCUUUUUAUCACAAGACAAGAAAUCAGUCCUCGACAACUUAACCGGCGGAAAAAUAUUUUUUUGAAAAAAUCCCUAAGCCCCGCGGUCACAAUUUCAGAAAAAAUCCGACUUUCGGCAAUUCACUCAAAAAUGGUGUCCAACGGUUGCAAAUGCUCCCCUGAAAGGUUUGGCGGUCGAAACAGAAGCCUUUUUAUCACAGGAAAAGAAAUAAGAUCUCGACAACUUAACCAGCAGAAAAAUAUAUUUUUGAAAAAAUCCCUAAGCCCCGGGGUCACAAUUUCAGAAAGAAUCCGAGUUUCGGCAAUUCACUCAAAAAUGGUGCCCAACGGUUGCAAAUGCCAUGCUGAAAGUUUUGGCGAUCGAAACAGAAGGCUUUUUAUCAAAGGACAAGAAAUCAGCCCUCGAAAACUUAACCAGCGGAAAAAUAUUUUUUUGAAAAUAUCCCUAAGCCCCGGAAUCACAAUUUCAGAAAAAAUCCGACUUUCGGCAACUCACUCAAAAAUGCUGUCCAACGGUUGCAAAUGCUCCCCUGAAAGGUUUGGCGGUCGAAACAGAAGCCUUUUUAUCAGAGGACAAGAAAUCAGACCUCGACAACUUAACUGGCGGAAAAAUAUUUUUUUGAAAAAAUCCCUAAGCCCCGGGGUCACAAUUUCAGAAAAAAUGUGA